UCGCAAGCUCUGGCAUUGCAUCCCCUGCAGAGCCAAAGCUUUGGGAGGAUCAUCGAUACCUUGCUGCAACCUACCACAAGUCGGGAUCAUGGCUCCUGUACAAGCUCACGCAUCAAAUCUUUGAGUCGCUUGGCGCCGCUGACAAGGACUUUGGCUUCGUCAGCCUCAACUCUUCGCAGAAUCUCGAUGCGCCGAUACUGUACAUGGAAGGAGUCUACUCCGCAAAGGUUGCCGAGCUAGAGAGGAGAGCUUCGGGUGCCAAAGGCAUCAGAGCUGCAGGAUGCGUUCGCGACCCGCUGGCCAUGAUAGCUUCUGCCUACUGCUACCAUCACCGCGGGGAGGAGCUGUCGAAUCCAGAGAUGGAUCCUGAAGACAAGGUGCCUUCCAUGGGUCCCAAUGAAGGGACCGCCUACAUGGCCCUACAAAUGCUUUCCUCCAUCCAGAACAUGGUGGAAGCUUUCAAGUCUCCCCAGCCGGAGGACACGCACCUAGUUCGCUUUGAGACCAUCUCCCGAUCUUCCAAGGACUUCGACCACGAGGUCGAGAAGCUUUUAGACUUUUGGCUACCAGGCCUUGCGCCGGAGCACCGGGAGUUGGCCCGUGCAGCCGCAAGCCUGGCAGAUUUGAACCGCUACCCCACAGAGGAUGUGGCUCACACCAACAGCCCCGACUGCGAAGCCUUGGCAUUGGCUGCUGCGGAGCGGAUGCCUGGAGCCCUUCUCUCCCAGUAUCGCUCCUUCCAGAGACGGCUGGGCUACAGGUAG